AUGAAGUACAGCCACUUGGACGUCGGGCCGACCCCACCCCGCGUUCGAGAGGACGACGAGCUCUGCGCGGCCUUUGCCCCGUCGCCCCACCAGCGCUGGGCGCCCGCUCCUCCUUCGAGUCCUCCGACGUCGCCCAUCAACGCGAUGGACGAACUCGUUGGCACGGGCCUCGACGAGGCGUACGGCCCGUCGCCCUCGUCCCACGCCCCUCGUCCCCCUCUCUCGUCGUCGUCUCUUGAGUCGUCUUCGGAAAACCAGACGGACACGCGGCCGCCCAGGACGCGCAGUGACGACCAUAUGGCUACGAGGGACACGACGUCGCCCAGUGCAGCGGCUGUAGCGACGUCAAUGCUGGCCAUGCGUGCCGAGCCGCCACCGCCGCCGCCGCUUUUGGUGGCCUCGGAAGGUCUGGUUGACCAGUCGGUACGGACCCGACCCGAGUCGAGUGCCGCGACGAGAGUGGCCACUGCUUUGCCAGGGGAACAGACGGGGCACGAGAAAGAAAAGAUGAAGGACGACGGCGAGGGACACGAGACGACGUCGUUGCGUACACGGAAAACCAAAGUGUCGCGGGAACGCCAACUGAAGAUCAACGCGGCGUCUCGACGAUGCCGGAAGAAGCAGAAACUCGAGCUGCAAUUCCUCCGCACGCAUGUUCAGGAGCUCCACGCGGCAUUGAUGGACCAAGUCAAGUUUUUGCAGCGAGACAUGUCGCAGCAGCAGCGCGCCACGCGGCUCGCGCACUUUGUGCAAGACAGUGUGCAGAAAGUAGCGAAGAUGAGCUCGGGCAUGCGAAUGGAUCCAGCGGCAACGCCCGUGGCAUUUCGCUCCGAGUUGCUUUCGUGCAGAAUCGAUGAGCACAGUGAAGCAGACUCGGAUGGGACUCACGGCAGCGACUUGUUGAAUUACAUUGAAACGGACGACGCUCAUCGCGUGCGCACGAUCGACCCGUCGACCCGAUACUCGCUCAGCGACGAGCGCAAGAAGGAAUUGCUCCAUAUUUCGUCGUUUGUGCUUGUCAACAUCAGCUCGGAGAGCAACAGCUUUGCACCCGACGUGAUCUCGUGUCUCCCGAUCGAAUUGGACGGCUGGCAAUUGCGUCUUGCUAUAACAGAGAAGAGCUACACGAUCCACAACCAGAAGUUUUUCCCUUGCAACGUCGAUGACAUGUUUGACUUUUGCUGGGAAACCAACGUGGCUCAGAAAAUCUCGAUCAAGCACGCAAAGAAGCACUAUGUUGUGGUGACCCCGCUGGAGAAGGAUGUCGCCCACGUCCACUCUAAGACAACUGGCAAGUGGUCGCUGAAUGUGCACGGGGUGCCGAAUGUCAGCUACAAUAGCAUUGUAUGUCGACGGUAUAUGUCGGGUGAACGUCGAGCCAUCAUCUGCCAACAGAGUGUGCUCGAAGAGCGUGAUUUCCAAGACGAGAACACGUUACCGUGGCUCUUUAAGCGGUGGGUGGUUUUCCGACCGAAAGUUCAAGACGGCGUUGCGGGCACGUUCGUGGAGGCCUACCGCACGGCCAGCUACGCAACGGGGCGGCUCAUUUACAAAGAUAACAAAAAAUACGACAGUUUUUGCGAGCACCUGAUUCGGCGCUACGCCGAGUCGAAUUUGCUGUUGGAGAGCAUGAUGGCUCGUGACAAACGAUUCGCGCACGCUUUUGACGACAGUGUGCGCUUGGGAACCGAAGCUCGAACCGCCACGGUCUCCGAUCGCAUCCUCAAGGAUCUACUGCUCUUUUGA